AUGGAGAAGUUAGAGCAGACCUUCUUCUUCCUCCUCCUCCUCCUCCUGGAGUUCUUCCAGCUCCCGCCGGCGGCGGCGGUUUACGACGUCGUAGAACUCGGUGCCGCCGCGGACGGCUCCGCCGACUCGGCGCCGCCGCUGCUUCGGGCUUGGGACCUUGCCUGCCGGUCCCCCCUUCCGGCCGCCGUUCACGUCCCCGUGGGGAGGUUCCUCCUCAGCAAGGUCACGUUCAAGGGGCCCUGCCGGAGCCCCGUGGCGGUGAAGAUCGACGGCACACUCGUCGCCGCCGCCUCCCACGGCGGCGCCGCCGCCUCCCACGGCGGCGCCGCCGCCUCCCACGGCGGCGCCGCCGCCUCCCACGGCGGCGCCGCCGCCGUAGACCCGAUCCCCGAGCGGUGGAUCGUCUUCGACGGCGUCCGCGGCCUAUCGAUCACCGGCGGCACGCUCGACGGCAGCGGCGCCGCCCUGUGGGCCUGCAAAGCGGCCCGCCGGAGCUGCCCCACCGGCGCGACGGUAAGCCAGCCACACCUCGCCGGAGAUCUCCGCCAUCGCUGAACCCCCGGUGGCGCGCAGAGCCUGACGCUGUCCAACUCGGAGGACGUGGUGGUCGCCGGCGUGAAGUCCGUCGACAGCGAGCUCUACCAUGUCGUCGUCCACGGCUGCCGGCGAGUGAAGCUGCAGAGCCUGCAGAUCGCCGCUCCGGCGAGCAGCCCCAACACCGACGGCGUCCACGUCCAGAUGUCCACCGCCGUCACCAUCUACGGCGCCGCCAUCCGCACCGGCGACGACUGCGUCUCCGUCGGCCCCGGCACGGCCGACCUCUUCAUCGAGCGAGUCGCCUGCGGGCCGGGUCACGGCAUCAGGUAACCCGGUAACGGUGCCAAACGUGCGAGCAAUGUCCGUUACCGAUUUUUCACACGUGUGUAAAGUGUCUAUGCAGUAUCGGGAGCUUGGGGAAGACGUACGAGGAGGAAGGGGUGACGAACGUGACGGUGACGUGGGCGGUGUUCGCGGGGAGCAGUAACGGGCUUCGGAUCAAGUCGUGGGCCCGGCCCAGUACCGGAUUCGUUAAGGGAGUCUUCUUCCAGCACGUGCUCAUGUGGGACGUCCAGAACCCCAUCAUCGUUGACCAGAACUACUGUCCCCACGCCGUCUCCUGUCCUAAGCAGGUAAAAUUAUAAAAUAAUCCCCCUCCAAAUUUCUCUACACUCGUAGGCCCUUGUACCUCAUUAUUUCAGUUUAUGUGGGAGAAAUGCCUUGAAAAAUAUAUUUCUUUCAGGAUUCGGGGGUGAGGAUAAGCGAGGUGAGGUUCAACGACAUCAGGGGAUCGUCGGCGACGCCGGUGGCGGUCAACUUCAACUGUAGCCGCAGCAGUCGUUGCACGGACAUAUUUCUGCAGGACGUUAAGCUCACCUUUGGUGACAGGCCCGCCAAGUCCUCCUGUAGCCACGUGGACGGCGCAGCUUCAGGCGUGAUGUCUCCGCCCAGUUGCCUCUAA